AUGUCCAACAGAUCCAAUCUUCCGGUAUGCUUACUCACCAUCAAAGUCACCAAGGACGACAUGAUCACAUUAAUUGGUGCCGACCCCUGCGAGUUCGCCAAGGAAAAGUUGGGCAAGUACGUCAAGAGCAUCCCAGAUGAUUGCAGUACAAAGGGUGAUAUCUCUAUCAUCGUGAACUCAACCGGCGAGAUUGAAAAACUACUCAAGCAUGUGAUUCGUGCACAAGACAAGAUCCUAAAUUUCUGUGGUAUCUCACCUGAGUGGCAUGCCGCUGACGUGGUCUCUCGAUUCUUGAAGACCACAGCCGCAUACUUGGAGGACAUUCAGCUUCUUGAAAUGUCCGGAGGAAUUUGGCUUGAUGUAUUCCCUGAGCCAAGGCCAGCUACAGUGCCACCUAUCGGGCCGCUGACCAGGGACAAGCUUGUGAUCAUGGAUCAGGCUGAAGCCAAGCGAAAAAAGAAAUUAGAGAACCGUUUCAAAAAUAGCCUCAGGUCUAUGAAGAUGGGACGGCAAGCAAAGGCUGAGGCAGCAAAUGUCUUCAAUGCGGUGCUGAAGAGUGUUACCGAAUGUGAAAAGCCGACACGUUCCCUUCAGGAAGUCAAGGCGUAUUCCAAACUUUACUACCAGAGGCGUGUAAAGGUCAUGGUUGAUGACAGACUAAAGGCAGAAGCUGAGGUGCUACAAGCCGAGAACAAGGCACUUACUAAUGGGAUGCGUGUAGCCAUUGCCAAAAAGGUGGCAGCGAACCUCUUCGAAGGAGAGACAAAUGAAGUUAAGGCGGAGGUACGGAAGUACAUCGAGGAUGCGAAGAUGCAUAGAGACAACGAGAAGGAGGGAAUGUGGAGCGAAGACAAUUAUGGGAGAAAUAUUGAAAAACUCGCCACUAUGGUCAAUAAAUUCUUGACCGGACUUGCGGAUGCGACAGGGUUUUCGUUCUCCCUCCUCGCAGGUGACCCUUCUCCAGAGCUUGGUGGAUUGAUUGAUGUCUAUAGAUACGAAGUUUUCAUGUAG